AUGGCGCUCGUUCGGAAGCGGAAGGCCGAGGCCGUCCACGAUCCAGAGGACAAGACCAUCGGAGACCAUGUCGCUUCACGGCACAAGCACAAGCGCGAGAAGUACACCGGCAACCUCUUCGAGAAGCUCCCCGGUGAGCUGCGGAAUCGUAUCUGGAUGUUCUCACUCGUGGACGAAUGUCCACUCGUCGUCAAAGCUCUUCGCCGCAAGACCACGCCGAAGUCCUGGCGUCGCAUCAAGUUCCGCGGGCCCAGCUUAUUCCUUGCGAACAAGCAGAUCCGACAGGAAGCGCCGAGCAUCUACUACUAG